AUGUUUUAUAACAAAUUGCUCAGCACGCUCAGCAUCGGCUUAGGGUUUGCAUGGGCCCUCGAGAACGUUACCAUUUAUGAGUUUGACUCGGGCAAGGGUCUACUCGACCAAGGCUAUCACAAUGUGUUUUCGGACAAUGCCUCCUCGCAGGUGCAGUUACGGGACGUUGUUUUCAUGAACGGUACUGUGGUUUACGAUUCCAGUGCAGCUUGGGGCAGCAGCGCGCUGGACGAGUGGGUUCAGGCGCAGAAAGACAUUUCCAUCCAAAGAAUCUUUGAGAAUAUCGGACCUAGCGCUCGGUACCCAUCGAUUUGGCCCGGUGUUGUGAUUGCAUCGCCGUCGCAGUCGCAUCCAGACUACUUCUACCAAUGGGUAAGAGACAGCGCGUUGACGAUAAACACGAUUGUAUCGCAUUCCGCGGGCCCAGCAAUAGAGACUUUGUUGCAGUAUGUGAACGUUUCAUAUCACCUGCAAAGGAGUAAUAACACAUUGGGUGCUGGGAUUGGUUACACUAACGAUACAGAAGCGCUGGGUGACCCUAAGUGGAACGUGGAUAACACGGCAUUCACGGAUGAAUGGGGCCGUCCUCAGAACGAUGGACCUGCUCUGCGAGCCAUCGCCAUCUUAAAAAUCAUAAACUACCUCAAGCAAUCUGGCACUGAUUUUGGUGAGGAGUACCCUUUCCAAUCCACUGCAGAUAUGUUUGACGACAUUGUACGUUGGGACUUGCGAUUCAUUGUUGAUCACUGGAUGUCCUCUGGAUUUGAUCUAUGGGAAGAAGUUAAUGGUCUGCAUUUCUUUACUCUACUGGUACAACUGUCUGCAGUGGAUAGGUCCUUGUGCUAUUUCAGCGACUCGGAACUAUCGUCUCCCUUUGUUGAAGAGUUGCGUCAAACACGUCAAGAGAUCUCCGACUUCUUAUCGGACCCUGUGAAUGGUUUUAUAAACGCCCAAUAUAACUAUGUUGUUGGAACGCCUCUAAUUGCCAACGCAUUGAGAUCAGGGUUGGAUAUCUCCACUUUGUUAGCUGUUAACACUGUUCACGAUACCCCAUCUGCUUCUCAUCUUCCCUUUAACGUAAAUGAUCCUGCUAUCCUCAACACCCUGCACCAUUUGAUGUUUCACAUGCGUUCAGUGUACCCCAUCAACGAUAGUUCAAAAAACAUAACGGGUAUCGCCCUGGGUCGGUAUCCUGAAGACGUAUAUGAUGGCUAUGGAUCUGGUGAGGGAAAUCCAUGGGUUUUGGCCACUUGUGCCGCUUCAACAACUCUCUAUCAGCUCAUUCGCUGGCACAUCUCUAAGCAGCAAGACCUAGUUGUACCCAUGAACAAUGAAACCUCGAAUGCAUUUUGGAGCGAACUGGUUUUCGCCAAUCUCGCUACUUCUGGAAAUGACCAAGAAUAUUUGGUUGUAGAGUUUAACACUCCCGCCUUCAAUCAAACGAUGCAAAAACUCUUCCAGCUAGCUGAUUCGUUCCUGGUCAAAUUGAAAACUCAUGUGGGUACAGACGGUGAACUUAGUGAACAGUUUAACAAAUACACAGGGUUCAUGCAGGGUGCUCGACAUCUGACUUGGUCCUACACUUCAUUCUGGGAUGCUUACCAAAUGAGACAAGAAAUUUCACAAAGUUUAUGGGGAAUAUAA